CACAAGAUACAAAGCUGCUGAUAAGGCAGCGAAAUGUGGAUGUUGAGUCAAGAAGAAAGUGAUAUCUGGCAGAACAGGUUGUUCAGAAGCUCCGGGGGAGUUAUGCAAUCACCAUUUUGUAAUGGUAAUCCAGCUGGCUUCCAUCCCAGUGAGCCUUAAAGGAGUGCAUGGGUUGGCUGCCUCCAGUGGGACAGAGGUGUUGGUGGGCUGAGCAGAAGGAGACGGGAGCGGAGAAAGAUGGAGGGGAAAGAGAGAGUCCCUCAGGCGUGUCCGGGCUCUGAUGGCUCCCCUGACAACCUCCUCUGUAAUGGUCUCCCUCUCUCUCUCUCUGAGUGCUGUGAAAUUGCAGGCCGGCGCUCUACAGCUGAGGACUCCGAGGAGACAAACGGCCUUUUAAUUCAGAGCGCAGAGAGGUGACGGAGAGGGAGGCCCUAAGGGAGGGCUACCAGUCAGACAUCCAUCAUACUAACCUCUCCCUUGAGACUGGCCCUGCCAGAGAGGGGGCCCUGGAGGUGGUCUUGAGCGUACAUGUGUGCGUGCGUGUAUUUGGGGUUGGGGUGACACUGCAUGCAUGGAACGGCGGCUGCAGGGGAGGGAGGAGGAGAAGUCUGCUCAGGUGUCCAUGCCGUCAAGGUGUGGAGGGGAGUGGAGCAGUGAAGCUCACAAUGCACCGCAGCAACCACGAAUAACAAGCUACUUCACCAGGAAGAAGGUUCUUUUUGCUUGUAUUUAAAAAAAACACUUCCUGAAAUUCUAUUACUGCAAACACUAACCUUUGUUUCGGUCAUCCUUCGGGCGCAGAUUCCAUGGGAGCUCGUACUGAAGGGACACCAAGGGUACAGGGUUUGUGGCCAUUGCUUGCAGUGUUUUAAAUUUCUCCUUUUACAUUCUAAAAAAGAUUGACAGAGACACGGAGAUGUGCAGCUGUGGAGGUAUUUCAUGAAGGCCUCUUAGCAAAGAAAGGGGACUGAUGCUCAGAUGUUGGUCCUUGAGAAAUAUGUGUUGUGAUGGCCUGUAUGCACGCAAGUAAAGGGUUAUACAAACAAAGCCUCUAUCCUCCAGAAAAGAAAUGUGGUUUUAUUUAUAAAAUAGUUCUACAAAAUUAUGAUUUGGGAUCCUUUAUGGAUCCUCUUCCGUAACUUUCUGAUCUUUAUUUCAAGUGCUGAAUAACAGCAAUCCAUCCUUCAGUUCCUUCCUUAUGUUUUUAUUAAGAAAUGUGUUACUGUCGUAUCAAUGGAAUGGCUCUUAAUAAAAGCAUAUAAGUGUGGUGUACAAACCUCUGCCGACUGACAUAAAUCUACAGAACCUGAAAAACCUCAUUGGGACAAACUUCAAAGGGAAAUAGAGAUUUAAAGUCCUUUUUAAAGGAAAAAGCUUAAAAGGGUUGUGAAGAAUAGAUUUUUGUCCCUACAGGAGGAUGAAAUGUCACGCCAGGGUCAAGGCCAUAGUGUAGCCAGUUUUGUUACCAGUUUGUCAGAAUCCAUUUUAAUAUACACACGUUUAUAUAGAAGCUAUGUGUGGUCAUGUAAUGUAGGAUUUCCCAUUGAAAGGAGAAAAGCCUGUUGCUGUCCUUGGUGCUUCUGGCCUUCUUUAGUACCACGGACAGCUCCUGCAUUUCUCUCCAGGCUAAAGGGCGCUGUGUUAGGAGCUCGGAUAAUUGGGGAAACUCAUUCAGCGUUGUCUCUACAAAGGCCUGGAAUACACAGGUUAAACCACUGAUACAUGAGGAUAAAUCCACACUUGGGUGUAAUUUUGAUAUGACAACACUAAUUAUACCGGAGCUGAGAGGUUCGCUCGAAGGCUACAGCUAUAGACGUGUAACCAUGACAACUGUCUUCUGAUUGGCUCUGCCGGCACGGGAAUUAACGAGAGCGUCAUCCAAUGUGAGCGCAGGGUGUGCGCGUGGCGCUGGCAAAACCUCGUGAUAACGCAGGCACAGUGAUGCGAAAGUGGCGGCGUGAGACGAGCCCGGAGGAAAUGACUGGACCCAAAACAAAGCACGAGCGAGGGAUAAAAUAUUAGAAAUUAACACGUGUGAAUAAUCAUGUUUUAACGACUGCGCGCGUGAGGAAAACAUGCCCGGUUUGUCCAUUACGCAGUCCAUCAGCUGGCGCGGCUGAAAAUCUCUCCUCUCCUCUGGGUUGUGGAUUGUGACAAGUGCCAGGACAGCAAGCAAACAGGACCAGGACUACAACACGUAGCGGGGAUUGUCACUCCGCCGCCUGCGAACGGGAGGUUUCUCUCCACUUUUCGCCUGACAGUACACCCUCCCGGAGCCAAGACGUUGUUCCGCGUAGACCCGGGUUGCCCCAGUCCGAGCAGCGCAGUCCGUAGGUCGGCACUCGGCGCCCUGCAGGCCGGAGACAUGAUGGUCCACUGUGCCGGGUGCGAGCGGCCCAUCUUGGACCGGUUCCUCCUCAACGUGCUGGACAGAGCCUGGCACGCCAAGUGCGUCCAGUGCUGCGAGUGCAACUGCAACCUCACCGAGAAGUGCUUCUCCAGGGAAGGGAAGCUUUAUUGCAAAAUGGACUUUUUCAGGCGCUUUGGCACUAAAUGCGCGGGCUGUCUGCAGGGAAUCUCGCCAAGCGACCUGGUGCGCAAAGCCCGCAGCAAGGUGUUCCAUCUCAACUGCUUCACCUGCAUGGUGUGCAACAAGCAGCUGUCCACGGGAGAGGAGCUCUAUGUCAUAGACGAGAACAAGUUCGUGUGCAAAGAAGAUUACUCGAGCUCCGGGGCCAUUAAUGAAGUCAAUUUGAACUCAGUGUCGUCGUGUACAGAUAGGAGUUUAUCGCCGGAUCUGCAGGACCCAAUACAGGACGACAUAAAGGAGACGGACAAUUCCACGUCCUCAGAUAAGGAAACGAACAAUAUUGAGAACGAGGAGCAGAACUCUGGGACCAAACGUCGGGGGCCCCGGACCACCAUCAAGGCCAAGCAACUGGAGACGUUAAAGGCCGCGUUCGUCGCCACGCCGAAACCGACCCGGCACAUCCGGGAACAGCUGGCCCAGGAAACGGGACUAAACAUGCGAGUCAUCCAGGUUUGGUUCCAGAACAGAAGAUCCAAAGAGCGACGAAUGAAGCAGCUGAGUGCUCUGGGGGCCCGGCGGCACGCCUUCUUCAGGGGCCCGAGGAGGAUGAGGCCCCUGGGAGGCAGGCUGGAGGAUCCUGACAUUUUAGGUCCUGGGGCCUACGGCUACUACGGAGAAUACCAAGGCGACUAUUAUGGACCAGGGAGUAACUACGACUUCUUCCCCCACGGCCCCCCAUCCUCGCAGGCUCAGUCUCCAGCCGAGUCUCUCUACGUCCUGGGCUCUGGACCCGGAGCCAUGGAGGGAUCAGGGCACCACCCUUCAGACGACCAAAGGUUCACGGACAUGAUCUCCCACGCGGAAACCCCCAGUCCGGAGCCGGGCUUACCAAGCUCUCUGCAGCCUGUCCCGGGGGAGGCUUAUGGGGGCGGACCCAGUCCUCCUUUCUCCUUGGCUAGUAACUCCAGCUACAGCGCUCCGAUGUCCCACCAAGGCCAGGAGAUGGGUGAAACCACAGCCUGGUAAAGGACAAACCACAGGGACCAUUCCUAGGCUGAAUGUCAACCUAGUUAAUUCAGGAGAUGAUUACAAUAAAACACACAUUGUGGAGUGAAAAAUACAGCUGACAUUUUUAUGGAGGACUUUUUAAAAUCACGGACUGAUUUUCACAAUAAUUGACGAACUGAAAGAAAUGGAAUCAAGAACGGGACAGGCUGCUGGAAAAAGUAAUAUUUGCUGCCCAGUAGACACUCCAAAGCAUAUCCCUUCCUGGAUUACUGGACUUGAAUUAUUAAAAAAAUAAAAUAAAAUUGUGAUUCCACCCAGCAAAAAUGCUUCUCACCUUCCCCUUGUUAUUAACAAAGGUAUCUUCUAAAGCUCUACGAGCACAUUAGAGAGAAAUGCCAACGGGGACAUCUUUGGUUCUCUUCAUUUCUCACCACAUUUGUUUGUUUUUGUUAAAACGUUGCUUUAAAGCAUUACUUUUUUCAUUCUGUUCAUUGUUAAGUUGCCGCUCUACCCUCAAACUUUAAAAAGACAAAGGAACAGGUUUUAAUACACGCUUUAAUGUUCAUAUACAAAUACGUAGCUGGCAAUCGAGACACGAUUAGUCAAAACCGUCGCUUUAAAAACAUUCUUCUCUGUAAGACAUUUCAAAUCAAAGGCUGCUUCUUCAUAGAAACUGUACACACACAAACACACACACACACACACACACACACACACACACACACACACACACACACACACACACACACACACACACACACACACAAUGCUUACAUUGACUUUUUAAGCACACAUCUCAAUUUUGAGUCCCUUAAUGCACAAAAAGCAUUCUUGACCAUAGCCCAAAAGAAGGAUGUCUAUACUAUUAUUCAAAACACGGACACAAUUAUGCAGACACUCAAGCACACACACACACACACACACACACACACACACACACACACACACACACACACACACACACACAGCCAGCCCUGAUAGUUCUGCUCAGCAGACUGCUUCACCUGACCUUCCUUUUGUUACUGUCCCUUUAAAAAAAACAUGUUUUAAUGGAAAUGAUUUUCAAAAGAACAUUGAACCCAUAAUGGAGAAUCUACUUCAACAGCUGAGGUCUCCUUUCUCUAAAGAGAGAAAACAAAAGAGGGGGCAGACAACAUCUGUGACAUUGCCUCUGUUGGCUCUGAAGCGCUCAUCGCCAUCUAGUGGCCUUAAGACACACUGAAUUAAAAAUCAGCUCAAAGCAGCAGCAGCAGCAGCGUCCGGCUGUGUGUUUGGGAACAUCUUUGUGCCGAAGAGGACAAAUUCAUGUUGUUUUUUUCUCUAAAUAAUGACAAUGAAUAAUUCUGAUGCUUCAAGUUUCAUCAGGGCCUCAAUUUGAAAAGUCAGCCUUUGUGGAACUACAUUAAAAGAAACACAAAUAUGUUUACCUCUCCUUAUAAUAAAGCUUCUGAAAGGACACGUACCAGGUUAGCUGAUUAUUAUUUGAAACAACACCUCCCAUAACGCUGUCAAAUCCAUCUCGUCUUUCAGCUCUUGUUUUGUCACACACAACAACGUCUUAAGCUAAACUCAUCCAACACUUGUAAUGCUGUUUGUCCACAAAAGUUCUCUCUACUUGAAAUAUUGUUUUGAGAUUAUUUGCGUUUCCUUUUGGACAUUGUAUAAGAUCUAGAGAGAGUGUGUCUUAUUUCUGAUGUAUUGAGAUAUUCUUGGAUACAAAAGCGUGUGUGUGUGUGUGUGUGUGUGUGUGUGUG